AUGGGCAGCGUCCUCAUGCUGGGCGACUGCUUGUUCCGGGCCUGUUGCGGAUGGAUUAUUUGGCUGCGUGCCUUGUGCAGAUUUGUAUUCUUCUGUACAGUUGUGUUCCGAAACUAUGCGCUGGACCGCAUCUUUGUUCAGGGAAAGACAUAUCGCAGCUGGAGCAUGUUGACACCAGUUGGUGGACUUGCAAUAUCCCUGACUGUCUUUUGUGUCGUCGCACAGGCUGUCCCAGACUGCCUUACUGUCAUAUACCUAGACUUCUACGAGUCAUGCCAUUAUGUGUAUGGAUUCCGCUACACUUGCAUUGCAUUGAAUUGGGGGAUGUGGUCGCUGUGCCUUGUCAUCACCUGGUGCUGUCGCAAUAUCCAAAUCUGCUUCAAUGAGUACCACGAGUCGCUUGCCACAGUUAUCCUCCACUUGCUUGACUACCAGAAAAUGACACUAGCGCAUUGUUACCUUCCUGACUACGCUUUACAUGACUGGCAGUGCGGACUUGCAGCAUCGUACGACUUGCUUCUGACACUUGUCGCUAUCUGGAUAGUUUUGCUCUACCCCAUGUACCAGUGCCUAUUCCAUCAUGAAGGGUACCUGCAAGUGUGGCUAAAGAGGCUGUCUCAGGAUGGUCUUCGCCGAGAGUACGAGGUUCAAGGUAGCACAUCGAAUGAGUUGAAGCAGUUCACAGGAUCAGCAAAGCUCGUAAGGAGCACUGCAUGCAAUCAGGCUUACGAUGCUUCACCACAAUGUACACUUUACAGGUCCCUUCGACUAUGA